CGAGACAAUUUACUACUAGAGAGAACAGGGAGAAGACUUAAACCGGGUUUCAUAGAGACUUCCCGCUCUUGGCUCAAUCCCCUGCCUAUUCUUUCGAAUGAAGUAACGUAUACACAAGCUUAAAUUUUAUAAAUUGCAUUAUGGGGGACGAUCCAAAACCAGGUGACACUGAACAGGACAGACCGCCGAGUAACCAUCCUCGUCCCUCAGAUACGACGAAUGUGCGAUUCCAAAGUGGCACGCCUGAAACAUCUCGGGUACCUCCAAGCCACUCAAACCCGGCCAAGAUCAGUAGUAACACCAAGAAUAAUGGGUACAACAGCAAUAGACCGCAAGUCAAUAGCUCUACUAGCCACAGCACCAGUAAUCCGGUAUACACCAGCACUUCGGCAUCAAAACCAGUCAAAGCGAUGAACAUUACUAGCUCAAAUAGUUGCACCUCGGACAGCAGUACUCUUGCUUCGAAUAAUAUGGAUGCAAAGCCACCUAUCAGUACAUCAGUUAGCACUAGUAAUAAGGCAAUUAUGGGUACGACGAACUCCAGUGUCAGCGGUAGUGCAGCAGCGAAAACAAGCGACGGCCAAGGGCAGGAGAAGCGAGUAUCCGAAGCUAUCAGUGCCGGUCAAAGAGACGAAGGCUUAGCACGCAAAAUUGUGAAGUUAGGCAGCCCAAGCAGCUCGGAGAUACGAUCGGACUCAAAUUCGAAGCCGAAUAUGUCUAUUGGGUCUAUCAAAGUGACAAGUAUUAGUGGAGAUGGGAAUCCUAAGGCAAAUCCCAUUUCCCAUUUCACAAGCAUCGACGGUACUGCGGGAGAUGCACCUAGGUUCCCGACUUCCUCAUCCUCGUCGAAGAUCCCCAGCUUGACCUCAGACGGUCCAGAUACCAGCAAAGCUAUCAGCAAUUCAACAGGCGACAACAGAGGCGAUCUGCGUUCAUCGUCAGCUAAUAACGCUCCGGACGUUGGUCGUAAGAGCAUUGGGGGCGCGCCUCGGGAGUCAGAUACCAAGGGUGAGAAAGUAAAAAGGGAGGACGAUGCGGGUAAGUCCAGUAGCGGUCCACAUAUAAUAAAUACUACGGGGAAUUCGCGUGUAACUACCUCGAGCGUGACAUCCUCAACAGCGACACCGAAGGUGAAGGAUGGUGAAAGUAGGGAGGUGGUUACGAAGACAUCGCUUGUUGGAUCUGAUAAUAGUAAGCGGGCUAAUGAAAGCGGGGACGCAAGUAGAAAAUCAAACAGUACGGGUGGUGAAACUGGUAGGAAGGACUUCGCCAAUAGAAAUUCCAUGGAUCGAAGGGAAGGAGGAAGCGGAGACCCGACAAGGAAAGAAAAUGUCGUGGGAGAUUUGAGUGGUAGGGACAAAGAGAGGGAGAAGGAGCGAGACAGAGAGAAGUCCAGACCCAGGGAUAAAUCAAAGUACAAGGACCGUGAUAGAAAGGAUCGAGAUCGUGACAGUCACGAUAGGCGUAAAGAUCGGGAGAGAGAGCGGGACGGAGGGUCUAGUAGCUCUAUAAACCGAACCAGCACUGAAAGGAAAGAUGCGGGUAGGAGCUCGGAUGAUGGCAGGGAUCCUACCAGAGAUAGCGUGGAUAGGAGAGAUAGUAGCAAGGAAGGCUACGAUAAGAAGUACAAGGACUCUCGGGAGUACCGCGAGAAGAAAGAAGUACGGGAGCGGGAGAGAGCUUACAAUAGCAAGAGAGACGGCGACCCGCAAAGAGACAACAUCAGAGACAGAGAUCGCGAAAGAGCAUACGGGGACGCUGAACGCAUACCCAGUCUACAAGCAAAGAUUCGGAAUGAGCGCGAGAAGGGAGAGAAUACCAAAGACGAACCAACUAGUAGCAAUAGGUUUAUAGAUAUAGCGAAGGCAGCGUCGCGAUCUAAUUCCAAUAUAAGCAGUGGCAAUAGUAAUGGCAAGAGUGUGCGUGUGGGCAAGGAUAAAAACACGACACGUACACAUACUCCUACAACCACAGGUUCUUCUGCACUCUCCUCCAGAGUUGCACCGCAAGCCGUACCAACCGGCGCAAGGGAGGCUGAAAGCAAAAGUGAGGGCAAAGCUGGGAAGAACCCAAAUGCACCUAGUAUCAGCAGUGGUCCCAUGAAAGGAGGAAAAAGAUCACCUUCUCCAACCACUAAUUUUACAGAAUUCACAUCAGCAUAUCCAACUAGUGCAGAUAGUGGUGUAGUGGGGCAUAGUAAUGUACAUUCAGGUUCUGGAACGGUGACUUCGGACAAGAACAGUAAGAACGCGAGUGGAGAAAGUGAGGAUGAUAAUGUAGUGGCAUUUCGGAAAGGCAUGAGCAUCAUAAAGGACUGGUGUGAUAAGAUGAGGUUCUCCACGAAGGUGUAUGACACCUGCGAAACCAAUCUGGAGCUCGUUGCCGGUACACAUUAUCUGAAGAUUGACCUAGUUGAGAAUCUGGCCGCUAUCAUCUUCAUCAGCGCACGAAUGUGUGGUGUGGCGGUCAGGUACAAGGAGAUCGCUCACAUGUCGGGCGUGCCUGUGAAAAUGCUCAAUCAUGCCGAAAAACUGCUCAAAAGAGAAGCGAAGCUACCCACCCCGGAUCCGCCUGCAGCACUCGAUACUAUCAAGCGUUUCUUGAAUAAUGUCAAAUUGCCCUCAGAAAUCUUCAACGCCUGUAUGGUUGUGUGCACACGAGCCUGGGAAAUAGUCGCUACGCGUGGUAAAUGCCCCAUAUCCCUUGCUACGGGGGUACUUGUGCUGAUCUGCCAGUGUCCAGAAAAAGACGUUGUGAGAGUAUCUAACGUGUCCAUUACAACAAUCAAAAAUGCGGUGCAGCAACUGUCUCAAUAUAAGGAAACGCUUUUAGAAGGGCUCGAGGUAACCAGUCGCCCAGAUAUCUUCAAGAACCAAGCUGAAACGUACUACGGCAAGCCCGAUAAUGCCAAUUAUCUUGAGCUAGACCAAGUACCCAGUAGAGACUAUGAGGAAUUAGAUGAUGACGGCCAUGCAGCUGAAUGCAAAAACCCACCGGACGAUUCUGGUUCUAUUGUGAAAAGGUCCGGUGUGCGGGGGCAGGGUGAUGAGGGCUCCAAGCACGAACCACUAGAAAAACUAAAUGCAGAGCCAAUGUUGACAGAGCGGAAGUACAGAUCAAGUACUACAGAUACGAAGGAAAACAAAACGGUACCCGAGUUGAAUGGCACGGGAGAGGACGUGCGUCAAUCAAAGAGGAGCUCAAAGAGCUCAAAGAGUAAGCACGAUAAGACAACGAUUGUUAGUAUGAUAGAUCGAAGUCCUAGUGAGCAGGAGGCCGCGGAAGCUCUUAUAUCAGGUCUGAAGAGAAGACUGAGCCAGAGUUUCAUUCCUGAGGACAACGAUGAUUUGACAGCGCAGAAUGAAUCGACACAGGCUGCUUUCGUGCUAGUUGCACUUUCAGGCCCUCGCUACCGGAAAGUACAGGACACUCACACACUGCAAUGGAGUCUACCGGCGAGUAUUCUUGAUAAGUCGAGGCCAGUGCCUUUGCUUGAACGGCUGCCACAGUCACAGUUUGCUCAGAUGCUACAGAGUCGCAUACGCGGCCAACCGAAUGGCAAGCCUUCGCGAGAACGAGGACCACGCAUUGGGGACUACGGUCGGAAUAGCAUGAAGAUGAACAGUGUACCACCGCCAGGAAAGAUCAGGUCGUCCAAACACGCACCUGAGGAGCCACCGGUGAAAAAGAGAAGGGGGCGCAGGAGUAAGCUCGAGAAGGAGAAAGAGAUCAUGGAGAGCAAACAUCGCACACACAGCUCCAGCAAAGCACAGAAACGGGCACUCAAAGAACAACAGAAGCUGCUUCAGCAACAGCAAAUGCAAGAGCAGCAGCAGCAGCAACAAGGGCAACCGCCUAUGGGUCACCCGCAACAGCAGAUGCCAAUACAGAUGCAACCAGGCAAGGGAUUGCCGCCACAGCAAUCACGCCCCGGACCUCCUCUGCCCAUCCAACAACAACAGCAACCACCCUCACAGCAGCAACAGCCCCAGCA